AUGUCAUAUCCAGCGCCUGUUCAGCUAAGUCGCGAUGACACAUCCGAAAAGGCGCGCAUUGUCAUCAACAGCGGCGGCGAGAACGGUAACGUCGCCUUCGAGGGCGAAGGCUCCAGUGGUAUUGACUUCACAUCCAAUUUGGGAGAUCCGACAAGGUCAACCACGGACGUAGAGGGGAGGAAAGUCAUGUUCGACAACAGUACCCUCACUCCACACGAUCAAUACGUCCUCGUCACGCCAGAGAGUCCAUCUCAUGCCAUUAAGUGGGACCUUGGCGACGGAGUCAAGCUCAGUAAGGCUAUUUGGGUGGCAGAAUGGGAUAAGGGAGAUCUGACAACAAUUUCGGAGGCUACCCUCAGCCAAGAUGAUCGAGGGGUGGAAUCUAGGAAACUUGGAGCAACAUCACCACCUGCAGCCCCCCUUGUCACCACCAAUGUGAAGCGUCAAGACUCUAUUACAAUGGGAUUCACUGACACUAGUCUUACCCUUCCCCUCGAUUCCAAGGUGUUAAGGUUCUUGUACUCUAGUAUGUACAUUGAGCUUCAGUGGACAUUGGCAGAGGAAUCCGGCACGACGAAGACUGGGUUAUUUACCAUCACAAACGGAACCUACGGGUCUCAAACGUACUAUGACGCAGUCGGCAAACUCGCGGAUCGACGUAAAAGGGACCCCGAGUCGGCUUCAGGAAUCGAAGGACCGGCCGACUCGACGUCGACAUCAUCAAUGUCCGCCACUCAGACAACACCCACUCUCACAGCCUCUCUCAACCCGAAUGCAUCACAAUCAACCCUUCCUGUUAGUUCCGGCGGCAGCAGCAGUAGCAGUGGCGGCGGCAGCGGAGGACUUGCGCCCGGUGCCAUCGCUGGCAUCGUCAUCGGGAGUGUUCUCGGCGUCGCCCUCAUCGGGUUCCUGAUAUGGUUCUUCCUCCGCCGCCGCCGCCGCCGCGCUGACCACGUCUCGGACGGCGCGUACGGCACUGGCCACAAUCCCCAUGAAUACCUCGCCGACAAGGAGACUCAUGCUCGCGUGACCGAGUCGCCACACUCCCCCUACACCGACGAUGGACAGCACCAACACUCUCAGCACCACCUUCACGAGCAGCAGUCACAACCUCAGGAGCAGCAUCAUCUCUCGCGGGAACUGCAUCAAGACGAUCACGACGACGCUUUUGAGACCGCCGCCGCCGCCGCCGCGGUGCCUGCCUCGGCCAUCAGCGCCACGGAUCACCAUCAGCCUCCUUUCGCACCGUACAGAGAGGAGAACAUGUCCACUGCCUCGCGGUCAGUCGAGGACAUGACCCGCAGCGGCGCCGGCGGUCCGCGCUCGUCGACACCCAACGUCAAUUCCAAUGUUUCGCAUCUGAUUGAAGACGGCAUGACGGAGGACGAGAUUCGGAGGCUGGAAGAGGAGGAGAUGGCGUUGGACGCGGCCAUUGAGCAAGCCGGACCGCGGAGGAAGCCGUAG